AUGGUUUGCAUUUCUUGUCGAAUGAAAAUAGGCAAACUAUCUCCAUCAAAUUCAACUUCACAACCACCACCCGCACCGCCAUCCUCGUCUUCAUCAUCUGAAAAUGCCGUUGUAACCGGCGAGUCGUUGAAUCAAAUAUUUUUGGCUGCCGGCUGUUCACCUUUAAGAAUAAGAAAAAUAAGCUCAAGUAACAAAGUACCGUACAUGAAGAAAAAAGUUCGCAAUGCAGUAGAGUUGUUAUGCAAAAAAUCAGCCAGGUUGGUUGAAAAGGAUAAAAAUAUUUUUCAAACACCAAAAAAAGUUUUGAAUUGUAAACAUUGCGAUGGUUUCAAAAAUAUUAUGGAGGAAUUAAAAGUAAAAUUUUUUUCAAGCGAUUAUCGUCACAGACAACAAAUUUUAACUCUAGUCCCACCAUCAUGGACCCUCUCAAGAACUGCUUCAUUUUUUUCAUGUUCAAAACAUCUUGUUAUUAAAAGUAGGAAAUUGAAAAGAGAAUCAGGCAUUUUAUCACUACCACAUAAGAAAAAAGGUGAAACUAUUGACGAGCACACAACACAAUCUGUGAUCGAUUUCUACAAUCAACAAGAAAUUUCUAUCUGCUGCCCUGGAAAGAAAGAUUUUGUCACUGUUACAGAAGGUCAGCAAAAAGUAUACCAUCAGAAAAAAAUUUUACUUGCAAAUAUUAAAGAAAUUUAUUUUGAAUUCGUUAAACAAAAGAAUUUAAAAAUUGGUUUUUCAACUUUUUUCAAACUGCGUCCACCAUGGUGUGUAACUGUUUCAUCGCCUGGAGCACAUCGAGUGUGCAUCUGUGAAUAUCAUCAAAAUAUCAAACUUAUGCUUGAAAGUGUGCCAUUAAAUCAUUGCUACAAAUUUUGGCUGGAAAAAUUAGUGUGCAAUAUAAAUUCAAGAGAAUGUAUGUUACACAGAUGUGAGGAAUGCCCAGGAAAACUGAGUGUCGAAAAUAACUUAAGAGCGAUUUUCGAAGAAGCUGUAAUUUCAAUUGACAACACAAUCAGUUUUUAUCAAUGGUUCCAUGAUGAUAAUCGCAGUUCAUUGAUUUCCGUACAGGAUACAGUUGACAGUUUCAUUGAAAGAUUUUCGCAAAAACUUGACGAGUUGUCAUCGCAUCAUUACAUAAGCAAAGAACAAUCGAAAUAUCUUAGCGAUUCUAAAGAAAAUUUAAAAAAUUUGGAGUGUAUUGCUUUAAUGGAUUUUGCUGAAAAUUAUUCGGUGAUAUUACAGGAUGCAAUCCAGAGUCAUCAUUGGAGCAACACGCAAGUUACUCUUCACCCAAUUGUUCUUUAUUACAGAGACGAUGAAAACUUAUCUGUCAAAAGCGUUUGCAUGAUUAGCGACUGUCUCGAUCACAAUGAUUUUGGAUUAAAAGCAGAAUGGCACUUUUUUGCAACUUCUCAUGGAAAAAGUCCUUGCGAUGGAAUUGGAGGGACAACAAAAAGAUUGGUUGCAAGAGCAAGUUUGCAGGCAUCAACAAAAGAUCAGAUAUUGAACGCCAGAGAUUUUUACACAUACGCUGAUGCGAAAAUAAAUGGUAUUAAAUUUUUUUGGGUAGACAAAAUAGAAAUUAAAGAUCUGCUAGAAAUGCUUGAAAAAAGAUUUAGGUCAGCAGAUAAAAUAAAGGGUUGUCGAAGUCAUCACUCAUUUAUUCCAGACAAAAAUGAUCAACUUUUGAUGAAACGUUUGUCUUCAGAUUUAUUUGGAUACAAUUUUAAUAAAAAUGAAAGUGAAGACAAUGAUGAUUACCAGCCGGGUCGAUUUGUAGCUUUGGUCUAUGAUAAGAAAUGCGCUUAUAAAUCUACUAAUAUUGGCCCAGCUUGGCUUGGCUCGGAAUUGCAUGUUAAGCAAGGUGUGGUCUCAAACUAUUUGGAAUUCUCCCAAAAAAUUUGA